AUGAACUAUCCGUGGUCGGAGGACGUAAAACAUGCGAUGUUCGAAAUAUUCGGGCUUACCGGGUUUCGACCGAAUCAACUGGAAGCAAUCAAUUCCACCCUUGCUGGGAAAGAUGUGUUCGUCUUGAUGCCCACCGGAGGCGGAAAAUCUCUGUGUUAUCAAUUACCCGCAAUCAUCGCCAGCGGCGCUACCCGAGGAGUGACCCUCGUGGUCUCGCCCCUUCUGAGUUUAAUGGAGGAUCAGGUCAUGCACCUGAAAGCACGCAAAAUCAAAGCGGAUCUCCUCUCGAGCGACAAAACGAAAGAUGAAAAGAGACAGAUCUAUGCGUCCUUGUCAGGCCCGAACCCGGCGAAGGAUAUUCAAAUUCUUUAUGUCACGCCGGAAAUGGUGAGUCUCAACCAGGGAUUCAUCAGUACAGUGAAAUCGAUGCAUAGUCGGAAGUGCCUUGCACGGAUUGUCAUUGACGAGGCCCACUGCGUCAGUCAAUGGGGUCAUGACUUUCGGCCGGACUAUAAGUCGCUUGGCCAGACUCGAGAAAACUUUCCAGGUGUCCCAUUAAUGGCUCUCACUGCCACCGCUACCAAGCAAGUUGAGGCGGACGUAAAGAUCCAUUUGUCAAUGGAAAGUUGCGAGACGUUCAGACAGAGCUUCAACCGGCCGAAUCUGUCGUACGAGGUGCGGAAGAAGACAUCCCUCCCAGCAGCGCUGGAGAGCAUUGCUGAACUCAUCUGUGUCACAUACCCCGGCAAAUGCGGGAUAGUGUACUGCCUGUCCCGGAAGAAUUGCGAAUCCCUUGCGAAAAGCCUGGCAUCGCGGCCGUAUAACAUCGCAGCGACUCAUUACCAUGCCGGUAUGGACAGUUCCGACCGAAGACGGGUCCAAAUGGCGUGGCAAUCGGGCCGGUACAAGGUCAUCGUCGCGACCAUUGCCUUCGGUAUGGGCAUAGACAAACCAGAUGUACGAUUUGUCAUCCAUCACUCCAUUCCCAAGAGUCUUGAAGGCUAUUACCAGGAGACGGGUCGCGCUGGACGAGACAAUCGCAAGUCAGGCUGCUAUCUCUAUUACGGUUAUCAAGAUGCGCCGACUUUAGCAAUGAUGAUCAAGGACGGCGAUUCUGGGUCUUAUGAACAGAAGCAGCUUCAGCUUGAAAAACUACGUGCAGUGGUACAGUACUGUGAAAACAUCAUAGACUGCCGUCGCGUCGAUGUGUUGCGGUAUUUCGAUGAGGUUUUCCAUGCAGAGCUCUGCAAUAGGUCUUGCGACAAUUGCCGAAGAAAAACAAAGCGAGAAUCGCGAGACUUGACUGAGUAUGCGAAAGCUGCGUUGAUGAUAGUCAGUCGAGGCGCUGAAGACAACCUGACAUUGGUGCAAUGUCUAGAUGUGUUUCAAGGCAAAGCGACCCCCAAGGUCAAGUCAAACGGAUGGGAUCAGAUCCAGGGCUUCGGUGCGGGUAAAGACUUGGUUCGAACUGUGGGAGAGCGGCUUGUACAGAGACUUCGCAUUAUGGAUGCCAUUGAGGACAAGCAAAAGACGGUCAAGAUCCCUCGCAAGGGCAAAAUUGUGCUGCAGUACAUAGAGCCUGGCCCCAAGUAUCACGAUAUCGUCAGCGGCAACCAACGCGUUCUUCUCGACGUUGAAGUCUCGACAAUGCCCAAGGGGUCCGAAGCCACAGCACCAAAGUCCCUUGCUACCGGAGUACGGGGUGUGCCAGCAUCAACCAACGUUUCUUCCCCCGUUCGGCCGAAGCCAAAGCGCAAGGCACCAAAAGCGGCGGAGAGGGAGGACUCCGAUGACGACAUGAGCUUCCAUCCCAACGGUUACGCGCGGAACUCUUUCGUGGUGGGCGAUGAAGAUACCGAAGAGGACCAAGAUUCGGACGGUUUCGAGCCCAUCCGUGUGGCCGGAAGACAAGAGUAUGCAGUCGAACCUCGCUUGGGCGAUCCGAUCACCGCAGACGACCAGAUGGGCCGGCUCAACGACAUCCACCGCCUAUACGCGGACGAGUUCGUUGAGGAGGCAGGAAAACUCUGUAGGAAUCUGGUGAUCGAGAAAGACUUGCGUGUGGUUCCGUUCUCGGACACCGUGCUUCGACACAUGGCGAUCCGAUUCCCCCGAUCCCAGGACGACCUUCUUCGCAUUCCCGGAAUUGAACCACGAAUGGUCGAGCGGUUUGGAGAGCGGUUCCUGGCCUUGAUUACUCGCGCGAAACGGAGCUACGAAGAGGCCAUGAGCGAUCCGCAUACCGCUGGGGAGGAUGACGAGGUCUUCGAUCCGAACCAUCGGCACGUGAUAGAUCUCGUCUCCGAUGAUCUGGAUGACUCUCAUGACUCUCAUGACCCUCACGAUCACGAUGAUCCUUAUGACCCCGGAGAGUGGGGAGACAUGGACUUGGACGAUCUGCGUCCCGUAAACACCGAUGACGAAGCCAGCGUCACAGAGACGAACGAUUCCGUCGAGCCGUCGCUUUCUCGUUUCUUCCACACCGAAACCGCCGGCCCAUCUCGCCCGCUUCCAAAGAAGCAGGCCGAGUUCACCGGGGGUGGAGGAGCCGCGCGUGGGCAGGGACGGAAAGUAUCCAGCGUGACCUCGCGACCCCGAAUCGUUUCCAAGGGCAGGGGUUCAAAAGGCAAGAGCAACUGGAAGGGAAAGAAGACGAGCAAGGGGUACAGAAAUUCCGAUGGGGGGAAACAAGGGCGCUCAAGGAAGCGAUCCAAUGAGCCGCAAGGAUCCAAGGCGAGAAUAGAUACGAUGCCGAUGUAG